AUGUUCACAGCACCCGCCAUGCGCCAAAGCAGCUCGCUCCCGAGCCUCAGCGGGGAAUGCUCGCGGCUGGUGGAGAGCAAGUUGUAUGUGGCGCGAGGAGUAUCCAGCUCGCAAAGUCCUGCAGAAUGGCUCCCGAUGCGGUUCGCGCACAAUUCUGACGGGUCCAUUUCAUUUUGGUCCGCAGCACAAUCAGAGACUUUCCUAGAUGCAGAUUGGAGCCAGCCCUUCACUGUUGCACCAUGGAAGCCCAUCCAAAGUGAUGGCCGCCGCCUCUACCCCUUCAGCCUCAGCUAUGUGCCGCUGCCGGGGCGGCCACGGCACCAGCAGGGCCCUGACCCCUCGGAGACAGCCCUGCGACGGAACCUGAUGCUAGCAGCGCCCAGCGAUGUGCUGCGUCGGAGGUGGCUCUCGAGCUUGGCCCGAAAGAUUGGUUCAACCCAGUUGAGACCUUCUAGCACUUGGGGGGAGCUUGAAGAUGGAGCUGAUGCAGUCGACCGCCCAAAACGGCGCUUCAUGGAGCUGGGCGCGUUGCAAGCUGGCCUCGAGAAAACGCGCUUCUUGGGAAGGUCCAUCCCUCGACUGCCGCCUGCGCGUGCAGAGUUUUGGGAGGCGAAGUCGUCUUUGCAGAUGGUCCGUGACCUCUACGAUGAAUACGAGAAGCAUGUGAACGAGAAGCAGAAGAAAGAAAAGAAGAAGCAGAAGAAGCAGAAGGAAGAGAAGAAAGAGAAGAAGAAGAAGAAGAAGAAGAAGAAGAAGCAGAAGCAGAAGCAGAAGCAGAAGCAGAAGCAGAAGCAGAAGCAGAAGCAGAAGCAGAAGCAGAAGCAGAAGCAGAAGAAGCACAUGGCCAUGCACCACUCAGAGGCCUGGUCUCGCAUGAGCAGCUCCAAGUCAGGCUGCGACAUGCUGAUGGAUCGGUUGCACAGCACCAACUUCCAUCCAUCUGCCACUGCGGGCCAACUGAUCGUUGGCAAGAACGCGCAGCUGGAGCCACCUUACACCAGAUGUUUGGUGGACCAUGGCAAGGUGGUGGACAGCGGACGUUUCGGCCGCUGGGCCAUUGGCCAUGGAUCUGGAAAGCAAUAUUGGGAACUGACCUCAGUGCCCCUGGAGCGGUUGGGAAUGGUUCGACUUGGAGAGCGAAGCCGCCUGUCAUCGCUGUGGUUCCAAAGCCGAAUAAUCUCGGUCUCCACGUCCGCCACGUCUGCCUCGUCUGCCUUGGUUUUCGGGCUGACGGCGGUGUGUGUGGUGCGGGCGCAGGUGGUGCGCCGGGGGCAACAGCGGCAGCCGGGUGCUCCGGAAGCGAUGGCGUGGGAAAGGCUGCAGGGAGUGGAAGAGCCGCUGCAAACCUUGGUCUUUCCCGAGGAGGAAGGAGCACGCUGCGUGGCAGUGGUGAAAGGUGACGUGGCCCAAAAGGAAGACGUCCCCGUGCGGGUGCACUCCGAAUGUUUCUUGGGGGAUGCCUUGGGCAGCACGCGCUGUCAGUGCGGCCCACAGCUGCGGAGCUUCAUCGAAACCGUGCUGGGCAGCUCCUGUCAUCCUUGUGGAAUCUUACUGUAUUUGCAGGGCCAGGAAGGGAAGGGCAUUGGUCUGAGCAACAAGCUCCGGGCCUAUGUCUUGCAAGACACGGAAGGGCUGAAUGAGGCCGAAGCCAACCUGCGGCUGGGCUUUCCACCCGAUCAGCGAAAAUAUCAGGCUGCCCGUACGGCGCUUGAAUUUCUGGAGGUCAAGAGCGUGGUGCUCUACACUGCAAGUCCUCGAAAGAUUUCGUUCCUAAGUGAAUUUGUGUCUGGUGUGGCCGCUUGGUGUCCGCGAAACCAAUGCUGGGAAGCCGCGACGGACAGGGGCACUCCCUUCUCCAGCCGUCCGCCAUCCUCAAGUGGACAUGAGGAGCUGGCCACCAUGCGGCGCACAAACCUGGAGAAGUUCCUCCCACAGAAUCGGCCAAUGGACAGUACCUUCCAACGGAUCUGGGGCCGUGCAGAGCCACCCAUGUACACGGGAGAAGUGGCCAAACAUUCCCCAAUGAUGUGCACCAGUGGGGUGGCCCAGCCGGUGUGUGGGUCGAAGUCAGAUGACUUCAUGUCGCAAUACUUGGAGAAGCAGGCUGUGAUUGAGUUCUUGCUCCACCGCAAGCAGGGGCGCUUGGAGGAGUUGAAGAGAGCCCUUCGUGAAAGCAAACCUGAAGCCAGGCACCAAGAGCAAGCCCAGGCUGUGAAACAGUCGCAGGAGAAAGAAGUAAAAAUUGUGACUGGUUGUAGUUUUCAGCUCCUCGCAUGGACAGAGAACCUGAAGUUCCAGCAGGACAUCCUCCGGAAUGAGCAGUGGAGCGGUGGAGCCAUCUUUGCCAGAGCCAAUAUGGACGAUCCAUCCUUCGAGUUGGCGGUCAGCCUGCAGGAUUGUCCGGAGAGCCAUCCCAUCAUCAUCGGCAUUGCCCCUCCCGAUGCGGAUCUGAGCCAGGCCAACUUCUUUGGCAGUUGUGGAGGUGUGUUUAUGUGUUUAGGCGGCUCUGCCUCUGAAGGACGCCUGGGUGCUAUGGGCGCACCGGGAGGUCCCUUUAUUCAGGGCUUCGGACAGCGGCAGCGACCAGAUUUGCCAAAGGGACAUCUAGGUUGCCAGGUGCAAAUCAACUUCACGGAGGCCGUAGAUACAACGGGGCAGUUGUUGGGCCAUGUAUGCUUUAUGGUCACCGAUGAACGAGGCCGAUAUCAUCAGCAUGUGCCCAAGUUUCGACAGCAAAUCGAGGGAGGCGUUGGAUGGUUACCGUGCAUCCUGCUGUGCAAUCCAGACACCAGCGUGCAGGAUCGGCUGGUGCUGGAUGCCGCUGAGCAUUGCCGCCAGCUGCGGCAGGCCUUGUCUGAGAAGCAGAGGCUGGAUAUGGACUGGAUAUGGAUGGAAGUGGACUAA